UGCCGUCAAAUGAUGAGAACACCACACAGCUUUUGAUUGACAAACUUGUAGGCUCGGGAUUGGAAUCCAAAGAUGAUCUUCAGUUUGUUCAACAAGAAGACAUCAGUGACAUACUACCAACUAUAAAACUCAGAAAACUUCUCAAUGCUUUUAAAAUGGAGUCAGAAACUGUCACUUUGGAUCUCACCACUGUGCAGCACACUCCUUCCUUAUCAGCUGGGAGCUCCUCACCACAGCCAUGCUCUUCUAAUAUGUCGGUAACUACUGAUGGAGGAUCAAGCAGUCUUGAAAACAGUCAACCAUCUACAUCCCAUUUUAGGAAAUCGUGGUCAAAUACCUUUCAGGUACCAUGGCAGCUCAUGCCUGCAGAAAUUCAGUCUGCUCUCUCUUCUGGGAAGAGACCUUCACCACCAGCAAGACGACAAAUGGUCAGGGUGCUUGCCGAUGAAAUGAGAAAAUUUGAGCCAACACCAACACGUGCACAGUGUCUUACUAUUUGUAAAGCGAUUGUCCAUCAAUAUCCCCAGAGCUUUGCGGAUCAACUUCAUGAUGGCCGAGUUGUAGGGGAAGGUUACAGCUCACUUUUGGCCCAGAUCAAGAAUAGAAUUGAUAACCUCAGCCGGGCCACUAGCUUCCGACAGCACCGGUCAGCUGCCAGUGGUCUUAAAAGAGGACCCACUGACACAUAUGGUUGCACCCGGUUUCAGCCUGAUCUUCCUUUAGAUGAGACUGAUGUCUCCAUUGAGACUAAACGUCAGAAGCUGGAGGAUCUAUUCUGUCAAGAAGGUGCAAAGGGAGCUGAGAAAGCUGAGGUUGAAAAACUGAUGGAGACAACUUUCUGCCUGCAACGGAGCCAAAUAAAUAGUGUGCCAGCACCUUCUGUUGCGGAGUUGAUGGAAAAGUGGCCAUACCUCUUUUUUCAGAAAGGCCUGUUCGCCCAUUUUGAGCUGCUCACUGACAUUAAUGUCCUGCGUGCACUUGAACUUUCUAUGGAGGAGUGUGGAAAGAGCAUCUUAGAGUUUUUUAAAAGCAAGCCUACCAACUCAGAAGUCAAGUCAAUCCUUUCCAAAGAUGAACCCAUUGAUUCAACAUACCAAAUUGUUCAACUCCUAAUGGCUCACUUCAUGGAAAAGCAAGAUGGACUCAUUCUUCAAGAAAAUAUGUCUGCCACUCCUGCUGACCUCGAAAAGAUGGGGAACCUGCCUGUGAGUCCUCGUUUGAUCCUGCUUGGUGAUAAUCCGGGCCAAUGGAUGAAACAAUGGAUGAUCAGCCUCGAAGGCAGAAUAAUCUGCGAGGGUGUGCAGCCAACCUUUAUCUCUGGACUUGCUGCAUUGUUCUCUUCGUAUUACAUUUUUAAUUUGCAGUACCAAGAGGAAGCAGCAUCCACACUAGAAUUCCUUCAAAGACGUUUUGUUGGAAUUAAUCCAGAAAAGGGGACCAAAGCUGCAAGGGGAAAGGUGAUGUCCAAAAAAUCUGGGAAAACCGUGCAGAAGAAGACCAUAACCGUCAGUAACAAAGUUUCAAAUCUUUUAAAAAGACUUAUGGACUUUGAGUGGCACUUCAUUUAAAAUGUAGCUGACACUUCCCACUCAUGCAGUUUGUUUUCAGAAACAUUGUCAUCUGGUGUUAUAUUUUG